AUGUUUCCCAGACUGACGCUGCUGUGCUGGGGAGCAGCCCAAGCAUCAUCAUCAUCGUGUGCAGCCAGGUGCCAGGAGGCGACCCCUUCAUCCCACACCCCUCACAGAAAGUCUCUUGCCAAAGUUCAAGUCCACAAAGUAAUAUUUUUCCUCCGUCUCAGCCUACGUGCACUGGUCCUGCUCCUUAAGUUUGGUCCCCUUCUUCUGGUUUCCCCUCUGGUUUUGGUUUCCACCCGCUGUGCAUCCUACUGGCUGGAUGCACUGCUGUGGGUGACAGAAACCUCGGGGCCCACUUUCAUCAAGCUGGGGCAGUGGGCCAGCACCAGGCGGGACAUCUUCUCCCACGAGUUUUGUGAACGCUUCUCCAGGCUCCACAUGAAGGUGCGCCCUCACUCCUGGGCUCACACCAAGCAAUGUCUCCAGAGAGCUUUUGGAGAGACCUGGAGACAGGUGCUGAUGUUUCAGAGCAAAGAACCUGUGGGUUCAGGGUGCAUUGCACAGGUGUACCAGGGCUGGGCCAGGGUAGACCAGGUGGAGGACCUGGCCUUCCAUUCACUGGUAGAAAAGAUGGAGAAAGAAGACUUGCUGGAAGCGUGGGAGAUCCCUGGUCUUGGAGGUGCUCUGCAGCAGCUCUGGAUGGGGAGGAGGAAGGAGCAGGGCUGCGAGGAGACAAAUCAUCCAGAUGGUCAGCCUGAGGACAGCAGCACAGAGAAGGAGCGGCUCAUUCCUGUGGCGAUCAAGGUGGUCCAUCCAGGUGUCCGGAGGCAGGUGGAGAUAGACCUGCUGCUGAUGAAAGCAGGCAGCUGGCUGCUGCACUGCCUGCCUGGACUUAAGUGGCUUAGUUUGUGUGAAGUCGUGGAAGAGUUUGAGAAGCCCAUGAUUAAGCAGAUCGAUCUCCGUUUUGAGGCCAGGAACAUGGAGCGCUUCAGAGAAAACUUCCACGACAUAGAUCAUGUCAAGUUUCCGAAUCCGUUACGACCGUUUGUCACCAGAAACAUUUUAGUGGAAACCUUCAAAGAAAGCAAGUCCAUUUCUUUUUACCUGAGCUCUGACGUUCCUAUGGAGGUGAAGCAGAGAAUAGCCAGAAUGGGAGUGGACACCUUGCUGAAAAUGGUUUUUGUGGAUAACUUUGUCCAUGGGGAUCUUCAUCCUGGCAACAUUCUCGUUCAAUAUCAGAAGCCUCUCACUGGUUUCCCUGAUCCUACCAGUAUCCCAGUAGACCACCAUGGGAAGACCACCCUUACCGACUUGUGGGACACAGUUGUGGUCAGUGUCAGACCUGACCCGUGUCCUGUCCAGCUAGUAUUGCUGGAUGCCGGAAUCGUGGCCCAGCUCAGCGACCACGAUCUGUCCAACUUCAAGGCUGUUUUCACAGCUGUGGUUCUGCAUCAGGGUGAGAGGGUCGCAGAGUUGAUUUUGCACCAUGCCCGGGCGAACGAGUGCAAAGACGUGGCACUUUUUAAGAAGGAGAUGGCAGAAGUGGUGGAGUAUGCCGUCAGUAACACCCUCUGUCUGGAAAAGGUAUCUUUUAUUGAAGACUUUUUAUUCCGCUGGUUUCAUCUGGUUAUCAGUCACAAAGUAAAGCUGGAGAGCAACUUUGCCUUCAUUGUGUUUGCCAUCAUGGUGCUGGAGGGUUUAGGCCGUUCUCUCGAUCCCAACUUGGAUAUCCUGGAUUUGGCCAAACCUCUUCUGCUCAAGAACUGUGCCUCUCUGAUCCGAGGCUGA